AUGCGUUGCACCUGCAGCUGGGUCUGCCCGCGUUAUGUCGCUCAGGUAUACAGCGACGCGACCGCGAACAGGCUGCAGCCACCGCUGUUCGACAAGGCGACAGAUGUGUUCGCAAAGGUGGAACAAGGGCUCCUGAGAGGUGUCCGCACCACUAGCAUCCUUGGAACAGAGUACAACAGGUUCUUCGGAGUGCCUUAUGCUGCGCCACCGGUGGGAGAUCUCCGCUUUCGGGCGCCUCAGCCACCAUCCAACUGGAGCGGCGUGCGCGACGCGCUUUCGGAGCCGCUGCAGUGCCCACAGAUGUGGCCAGGAGAAAGCUCGGAGGACUGCCUGUACCUCAACGUGUAUGCGCCCGCCGGCGGUGUCAAUCUGCCCAUCAUGCUCAUGAUUUACGGUGGCGCCUUCCAGGGCGGCUCCAGUUCCACCAAUCUGUAUGGUCCAGACUUCAUCGUCGACCACGGGGUUAUUCUCGUCACCUUUAACUACCGCAGCGGCGUCCUGGGGUACCUGAGCCUGCAGACGGAGGAGAUCCCCGGCAACGCGGGCCUCAAGGACGCGGUGGCCGCCCUGCAGUGGGUGCAGCGCAACGGCGCGGCCUUCGGGGGCGACGCGGGCCGCGUCACGCUGUUCGGCGCCAGCUCCGGCGGCUGCUCCGUGUCCCACCUGCUGCUCUCGCCGGCCACGCCAGGGCUGUUCCAGCAAGUUAUCAUUCAGAGCGGCGAGGCCAUAGCUCCCUGGGGCCUGGAGAGGAACCCACGAGAGAAGGCCUUCCGGUUGGCCGCUUCCAUGGGCUUCGAGACGGACGACCUGCAGGAGCUGACGCAGUUCCUCAAGGCGGCCGACGCGUUGGAGCUCACCGCGAAUGACUCGCGCGGUCUUUCCGACAUUGAGCUACGGAGUUUGAACGCACUGGCAUUCGUGCCGGUGAUAGAACCACCUUCGCCAACGGCCAUAAUUGUCGAGGAUCCAGCUCUGGUGCUGAAGGAAGGCCGCUUCCACAAAGUCCCCGUCAUGACUGGCGUGGACUCCGCUGAUGGCUCCGUCCUCGUGCAGACGACCGAUCUCUUCAACAACCCAAAGCUGGUGGCGGACGUGCGGGAGAACUUCACGACUCUGGUGGGCCAGCACCUGCGCCUGCCGACAGAGCAGCAGAGGGCCGAAGCGGCCGCCAAGCUGCAGGACUUCUACUUCAAAGGCAAAGGCUUCAGUCUCGAGGACCCGCAAGCAGUCUAUGACAUGAUAUCGGACAUCUACUACAUCGAGCCCUGCGAGGCCUUCGUCCAGGCUUUGGUGAAGGUGAGCUCAGCGCCUGUCUACUACUACCAUUACGACUACGACGGCUGGGGAUACACAGAAUACGGUGCACCUCACUGCAUUGAAAUUUAUUACCUGUUCAACGCCAACUACACUGGCCCCAGCUGGGACAUCAAGACGAAGGACGGCAGGACGAGGCAGCUGGUGGUGAAACUCUGGACAAACUUCGCAAAAUUUGGGUACUGA